AUGAACCCCAUUUCAAUCUUUCCAUAUCUAUCUAUCUAUCUAUCUAUCUAUCUAUCUAAUUCUUUUCAUCAUCUGUCUCUAUGUCAAUCUAAUUCUGUUCAUUAUCUGCCUGUCUAUCUAAUUCUAUUCAUUAUCUAUCUAUCUAUCUAUCUAUCUAUCUAUCUAUCUAUCUAUCUAUCUAUCUAUCUAUCUAUCCCAGUCUGUCCAUAUCUAUCUAUCUAUCUAUCUAUCUAUCUAUCUAUCUAUCUAUCUAUCUAUCCCAGUCUGUCUAUAUCUCUAUCUAUCUAUCUAUCUAUCUAUCUAUCUAUCUAUCUAUCCCAGUCUGUCCAUCUAUCUAUCUAUCUAUCUAUCUAUCUAUCUAUCUAUCUAUCUAUCUAUCUAUCCCAGUCUGUCCAUAUCUAUCUAUCUAUCUAUCUAUCCCAGUCUGUCCAUAUCUAUCUAUCUAUCUAUCUAUCUAUCUAUCUAUCUAUCUAUCUAUCUAUCUAUCUAUCUAAUUCUGUUCAUCAUCUGUCUCUCUGUCAAUCUAAUUCUGUUCAUUAUUUGCCUGUGUAUCUAAUUCUGUUCAUUAUCUAUCUAUCUAUCUAUCUAUCUAUCUAUCUAUCUAUCUAUCUAUCUAUCUAUCUAUUUCUACUUACCCGUUUACAUUUUUAUUUCAAACUUGUUUCCAACAUCCUAACCCGCGGGAAUUUCUGUCCAGCUCAUUCCCACCCUCACUCCAAGAAUUUCUCCCUUUUUUUUUUCUUGACGCACCCACACCUCCACCCGAUUUCUUUUUUUAAUUUUUUUUUUAUUACAGAACUUCUUCAAAAUGUGGUACGUUUUUCUUUCUCAUCAAAUCUCGGACAGCGUCCGUUUAUAUUGGCUUUUAUCCCUUCGGCGCUUUGA